AUGUCCCAACCAGCACAGCGAGCAGCUACACAGUCAUUUAUCCGCAAUUAUAUUAAUAAGGAGACUCUUAAAUAUGUUUUCACUACGCACUUUUGGGGGCCUGUAUCCAACUUUGGGAUUCCACUUGCCGCAGUGUAUGAUCUCAAAAAAGAUCCUGAACUGAUUUCUGGCCCCAUGACUGGAGCUUUGAUUCUGUAUUCUGCAGUUUUUAUGAGAUACGCCAUGGCUGUCACGCCAAAGAACUAUUUACUUUUCGGUUGCCACAUCGUGAAUGAAACAGCUCAAUUAGGUCAGGCUGUGCGUUUCCUAAAUUACCACUACCUUGGCAAGGAGGAAGCAGUGAAUGACGAGAAAAAGCCGGAAAGAGCUCAGUAG